CCGCAGGUUAAAUCUAACAUAGUGCUGAUGGCAAUGGCAACACAGGGCGAGUCAGUGAAAACUCGCCUUUGCCGCUAUCGACAUCCAUGUGCUGAUGAUUGCCGCUCAAAGGAAGCGUGCGAAAUCCAAACGUGGUUGUGACUGGGUCCCUUCCUCAUGCCAGAAGGUGGUUGUGCUUAUUCUCGCAACAGCCAAUUUGCUGGUUUGCUUUGCGACGUUUAGCUACCUCCAGCAGUUUUGGGAGGAUGCUCCCCAUUCACACCCGGAAGAACAAGAAUUCAGUCACAUUGAUUUCUCAAAACUUUAUGAUGUACCUCCAGGACAUGCAGCGCAAGAUCCCACACGGGCCAUGGAAGCAACCGAAGAUGCGGCCCACAAGCCAACGAGGUCAGACAGCCCAGUGGACGCGUCGGACAGCUUAGAGGUUCAAGCUCUGAACACCGUGGAUUCUGCGAGGGAUGGAGCUGUUCCUUCUCGACCAAAAAUGUGUCCCAUUUGCGGGAACAAAGUCGUUGGUCCUUUGCCAACUUCUCUCAAAGGACAAGCUCAGAGCUGCGACUGGAAGGAGUCGCCAAAUGCCUUUCUCUCUGACACAGUUGGCAUCACUGGCCCAACCAGGCUGGAAGAGGCAAAAGAAAUGUGCGUGCAGUUUGGCCCAGCCUGCGGUGGGGUCACAUGCGCUCGUCCUGCGCAAGGAGUCAAUGAGGCUUCUGCUUGUAGUUGCAGAGCCUCAAAGGAUCCUCGCGUCUCGCCAACCAAAGAAGUGUCGUACAUCAAAGAUUGCAAGUUCGAGGUCAACAAUUGUGAGGAGGAGAUCGCUAAGAUGGCGUCUCACAGCCCCUUUGCCAAAGAUUUGCAUGGGACUCCAAUUGUGAUCCUUGCACACAAUCGUGAGGCAGAAUUAAGGUCUUGCCUUGGAUCGCUGCUGGCGAUGCCUGAGGUUGCGCUUUUCCGACUCCAUGUCUCUUUGGAUGAUCCGGCCGCCUUCACCAUGAUGGAGGGGUGCGUCAAACGAGAAGCAGCUGCUCACAAAAAGCACAUCGACAUUUGGAAGGCGACUGCACAAGUAGCAGAUCCCGCCCAGCACAACCAGGAAACGCUGAAGUGGUUUCAGACGAAUACGGGGAAAAUUGCCCACCACUACUGGCAAGUGUUUGAGAGGGCUUUCAUGGAGGAGAUGUUUGAGAGAGUCAUUUUUGUUGAAGAAGAUCUUCUUUUCUCACCAGACUUUUUAGCCCUUUUUCGAAGUACAGCAGGAUUGUUGGACAAGGAUCCAAGCCUUUGGUGCAUCAGUGCAUGGAACGACUUUGGCUUCAAGGGAACUGCAGUGGACCCGUGCCGAUUGCACCGUACCACAUACUUCCCAGGUCUCGGCUUUUUGUUGACUCGAAAAGCUUGGCUCCAGAUUCGGCAGGACUGGCCUACUGCACCUACCAUGGGCUGGGACUAUUGGAUGAGAGUCGAAUUCCGCACUGCAGACAAGGAAUGUAUCAUCCCAGAGGUCUCCAGAAGCCAUCAUGCUGCUGCCAAGGGAUCUUCAGUAUCAUCUGCCAAGCAGCUCCGACUUUUCGAGGCGAUGGCUUUUGCUGACACACCCUCAACAUGCGACGCAGUGGAACCCUGCAGUCACUUUGGUAAUGUCUCAUACUUGCUGUCAGAGGAGUAUGAGUCCUGGAUGCGCAGCACCGUUGAGAGAGCGCCCAGAAUAGACUCGUCGGAGCUUCGAGCCCGUCCUGGUGUAAAGCCGAAGACUCUGCCGAGGAUGCUGCACGUCGUUCCAUUUCAGCGGGAACUGUUCAAUGGAAUUGCAGAAGCAUCUGGACUGAUGCCCAGGAACACCAAGGGCUCCAUUCCUGCAGAUUUGCGUUCAGAGCACUAUGGUGCAAUGGCUGGCAAAUUGAUGUCUCAGGGAUUGCCAUUGCUCUUGGUGGAUAGGAGGAGCUCGCGUGGCUACUUGCAAAAGACAGAGCAGCUCAGGUUUGGGCCUGACUUUGAAGUGAUUGCUGGCUCAAAGGGCUUGUCAUGUGACGAGGUCUGCCAAAGAAGGGGGUCUACGUGCGACAAAAUGCAGCUCUACUUUCUGAACGACUGCAAUCUGUUAAGGAAACAUUUCGAAUGUGAGGCGGGAUGUGCGCACCAGGUUGGCAAAGAACUUCCUGUGUAUGUGCCAGAUGAGUUUCAACCAACAUACAGGCAGUGCUUGCUGACUUUCAUCUCACCCAUGAGUUGUGAUGCAAAGCAUGCGAGCACAUCACGCCUUUGUGCUUGCAAAAUCAUGACGACUAUCCUUCCAUCCGGUGAUCCAAAUACUGGGAUCGCUGGGACCGCUGGGAUUGCCAUCUCGGACAACUCCGGGCAAAGAGUGACUCGACCAGAUCCACAUUUACAAAAAGGUGCAAGGAAACGGUAG